CUACGUCCAAUCACUCCGAAGGCUUUUAGUUGCGGGUAUACCGUUUACGUACUGCGAGUACUUUUGAAGGAACAUUGUCAUUUUGCUGGCUGGAAAUAACUGGAAUAAUUGGAAUGCCUUCCGUUUGUAAGCGAUGUUCCCAGCGUGCAAUACUAAAGAGGCCUAAAACAGGAGAUAUACUAUGCAAAGAAUGCUUCUUUCAAGUGUUCGAACUGGAAAUUCAUCGGACAGUUGUGCAGGCUGGACUGUUCCAGCCAGGCAUGAAAGUAGCUGUUGCUGCUUCCGGUGGGAAAGAUUCCACGGUGUUGGCGCAUGUGAUGAAAGUCUUGUCAGAAAGAUACAAUUACGGCAUCGAUUUAUUCUUGUUAUCAGUGGAUGAAGGAAUUACGGGAUACCGGGAUGAUUCUCUGGAAACCGUGAAAAGAAAUCAGCAGCAGUACGACUUGCCCCUCCGGAUAGUAUCGUAUAAGGAUCUGUACGGAUGGAGUAUGGACGAAAUUGUCAAGCAGAUUGGGCUGAAAAAUAACUGUACCUUCUGUGGAGUUUUUCGUCGUCAGGCACUGGAUCGCGGUGCUUUAUUAAUGAAUGUGGACAUGAUCUUGACGGGCCAUAAUGCCGAUGAUAUCGCGGAAACCGUUCUCAUGAACUUACUUCGAGGAGAUGUCGCACGGCUUAGUCGAUGCACGAGCAUCAUUACGGGAGCGGAAGGCGCCUUACCGCGAGCCAAGCCUUUAAAAUACGCCUACGAAAAAGAGAUUGUCAUGUAUGCUUAUUUCAAGAAGUUGGAUUAUUUUUCUACGGAAUGCGUAUACUCUCCUCAGGCUUACCGUGGAUAUGCUCGAACUUUCAUAAAGAAUCUUGAAUCUAUUCGACCCCGCUGCAUCAUUGAUAUAAUACAUUCCGGAGAAAAUUUUGCGAUAAAAUCCUCUGUGAAAAUGGCUACACAAGGAAUUUGCCAGUCAUGUGGUUAUAUAUCCAGCCAGAACGUUUGUAAGGCCUGCGUUUUAUUGGAUGGGCUGAAUAAGGGUCGCGCACAAGUUGCUGUCUCCGGAAAGCAGCGCAAAGUUAAUGCGGCCUAUGCCCUUGGAAUGGGACAGCUGCAAAGCUGAAUUUACUGCAGCUGAAGUUUUUUUUUCGCUUCGUAACGCUAAAUGCUUUCCUAGCUCCGCUUCUUGGCUCUAGUGACAUUGCUGAUUUUGACAAACGUUUGUCAUAUGCGUCUGUGAUCCAAUCCGAAACAUUGUUUUAUGUCGAAGUUGUUCGGCAGUGUUUGCUUGGUGCUAGCCAUUUUUCGGACGCGGAGAUGCGUGCACUAAAAUUUUUUAAAAACAGAUUGUGAUCUACAUGCACAAGCAUAUCCCGCAUAAACGUGGAGCGAAGAUGGAAAGAUUACAAUCCUUGUGUCCCGAAAUUUCACAGCCACUUGC